GUAAGCAAAACAUAUUUUUGGCUGUGUCACUUGGUCGAUACCAGUCACGUUUCAGAAACUUGUGCUGUGUAACUUUUAAGGAUUGAGGAACUGCAACUCUUUAAACCCGUAAAUGUUUAAAAACGCCCCAAGAAACCAAGGCUACGAACUAGCCCCUCCUCCUUAUGAGGCUGAUUCCAGUAGACGUUUCUCAUACGAAGACGAAGAAAAUAUAGGCGAUGACAUGAUUAAAGAAACUGUUGCCAAUAGCAGCGUGGAAAUCAGAAUGCAAUUCGUUAGAAAAGUUUACAGUAUCUUAUGUGCUCAAAUUUUGGGUACAGCUAUCUUGUCAACUGUCUAUAUGACUAGUGAAAAUACCAAGAUUUGGGUUCAAACCAAUCCUUGGAUGUUAUUCUUAUCAAUGUUUGGGUCUAUUUGUGUACUGCUUUCUCUCAUGUGGAAAGCACGUUCUACUCCUCUCAACUAUUAUCUUUUGGCUUUAUUCACACUUCUUGAAAGCCACAUGGUCGGGACAAUUGUGACUUUUUACGAUCAAAGGAUUGUUGUACAGGCAUUACUUAUUACGUUUGGGGUUUUCUGUGUUCUGACCCUAUUUACUUUCCAAUCAAAAUGGGAUUUUAGCGGAAUGGGCCCAAUUUUAUUUGCUGGUGUCUUUAUCCUUCUUGUAGCUGGUUUGGUACUUCCAUUUUCUGAAGGUACUGAGUUACCCUUGGCAAUUGGAGGUGUCGUUGUUUUCUCUGGCUAUAUCAUUUUCGACACUUACUUGAUAUUUAAUCGUUUCUCACCUGAAGACUAUAUCAUGGCAUCAACUAGUUUGUAUCUAGAUAUGAUCAACCUAUUCCUUCGUGUACUUCAAAUUCUGAAUGCAAGUUCAAGAGACUGAAGUAUUACCUUUCAAUUCCCAUUUAAUAUAAAUAGUCGUUAUUAAAUAACAUCUGUUUUAUGCAUUUGGAUAGCUAGCAGAAAAGAUCUCGGACAAGCAGUCUAA